CUGCGUUCACUCUAAUUUGGCAUUUUAGAACCGUGCAGCAUACUCGGCUGCACUUGCAACUUUUCAUUGUUUGAAACGCAAUUAAUAUUUAAUUCGAGUAAUGAGUUUUAGCCAACGCCAACCAGAAUGGCACACAAUACCAGCGGUGGCGCUCAAUCACAUAUUCGACUAUCUGGAUCCACGGGAUCGUCUGAACUCAGCGAGUGUUUGUUGUUCCUGGAGACUUUCCUUCUUUCAAAAACGCUACUUUAGAAACUUCCGCUUUCAUUUGGAUGUGGCCCGCGAUGAUCAGUUGGCCUUCUUCCAUCGAUCCAUGGCCAACUUGGCCAAGGAACUGAUUGUAAUCUUCGACCUUCAAAAUGCAUUUCACAUCCAGAAAAUGCGACGACUUCUAUACAAAGUGGCACGCUGUGAUAAUAUCCAGAAAUUGCGUUUCCAAACCCACAAUGUGGGCCUUGUUGCCAUCGGAAAUAUGCACAGCGAUCACUGGGCGGCCAUCGAACAGUGCUUUGUAGAGCCGCUGAAGUUGCUUCUGAGCCGCAAGCGUCAGCCCUGUCAAAUUUUAGACCUUGGGGCCAUCGAGGCACUCUCAUACUAUGGCCACGACUUCCUAAAGGCCAUGGGCAAGCCCCAGGAACUGCUGCAGCUGACACUGGCCAGCAUCAAGUGCGAUCCUAGUCACUAUCCCAUCCUCACACUGGACGCGACUCUGUUGCAGAAGUGCGCCGCCCUGCAGGUGCUCUCCCUGGACUACGACACCCUCUCCGACGAACUGCUGCACACCAUACAAGUGCUACCGCUGCGGAAACUGCUCAUCGCAGUGCACGGCCUGGACAGCGAGGAACAUCCCGACGUGUCGGAGACGGCCUGGUCCAACUUCUCGGACCACUUUUCAAGCAUUGAGCUGGUGCUGACCCUUGUGUACGCCUAUGAGGCCAUCGAACUGUUGCAGCAGCGCGUCCUGCGUAUAAACAUGCCGGUCACUCAUGUGCGACUGCUAUUCUGCGAGCAGAUGAACGCCGAAGCCCUAGACUGGAUGUCGGUGCACCACAGCGAAACGCUGCGCAGCAUCCACUAUGUGGACUCGGCGUACAAGCAUUCCAACCGCAUGGACUACGCUCGCCACGGCUACCUGCGCCAGGACCCAUUCGUCAUGAUGGCCUGGCGCUGCAAGCAGCUGGAGGAGAUCGUGGUGCACGGCUAUUUGAUGGAUCCGCACAAUCUCGUGGGCAUCGCCCGGCUUCGGGGUCGGCAGCUAAAGCGUCUAGAGGUCUCCAUGAUCGACUGGUCCGGCGCUGCUUCAAUGAAUGCCUACAAUGAGGAAAUAAGCACCCUACUGGGACAACAGUGGUCGCCCAUCAACCCGGAAAAGAUGCCGCCAACGCUGGCCUUCGACUACGAGUCACGCGAUCAGUUCGUGUACGAAAUGCUGCGCCAGGAUCUCAGCCAGUAAGUGGUCGAAGUAGGGACUCACUAAAAAUAACCAAAAAUUGAAGCAAAGUCAUCAAGUGAACGAAAGAAAAGCAAACAUGACACGUGAUCAACUCGAGCGCAUAGAAAUUAAUUUAAAAAUUGCAAAACCUAAUUACGUAGCUAAAACUAAACCCUAAAAGAGAUAUGUAAGCAAAAAGCAAAUUCAACCGUUAUACUAAGUUAUCAAAAUUUAUAUAUAUGUAAACCAAACCUUUUGAUUGGCAAGCAUUUUAUAGAAGUUAAAUUUCCUAAGUUCAUAGUCUUUGUAAUUAAAAUCGCGAUUUGCCCUUGUUUGUUAGUCGAAAAGCGGGAGAUUAUGAGCAACAGGAAUGUUAGGAGCAAAGCAAAAGACUUGAGCACUUCACAAAUUUAUGUAAUUAUGAAUGUAACAACGGGGCGAAAUGGGUUUGUUGAAAUCUGCUAGAGAAACAUCAUUUUAUAAGCAACAACAACUGUGAUCCAAACGAAAUGCAAAAGCGAGUGCAGAUGCAGAUGCAUCUGCAAGUGCAAGCCAGUGUGAGCAAAUGCGACACCAACUCUCAUACAAAACAAAACAAAAAACGACAACAACAAAUUGUUAAGCGAAUUGUCUAGUUAGCUAAGUUUAAAAGUAACAAAAAGAAAUGUGUUGAAAAAUGUUUGUAAAACCAAAACUACGACCAAUGUCAAAUUGAUUGCUCAAAACUCAAUUGGCACAAAUUGUUAACCUUUGUAGUAGUGUGAAUAAGUAUGGAAUCCGGCGCUCAAUUGUGAUAAACCAACAAACAACAACAAAAGCAAAUGUAACAACAACGAGAGCUCGAUCCUCGUUCGCUAAGCGCCGCCAUUUGUGUAGUUUAAAGUGAUAUUACCAGCAACAACCAAGCAAAUUGUAAGCAAAUACAAGAACACCACACAGAUAUAUAUGUAUUGUAAUAGCCAAAAGGAGCUAAAAGUUAGUCGUGUGUCGUGUGUGGUACAUGCGUUGUGGCCAGAUAAACGGGCCAGCUAGCCAGGCGAUUGUAAGACCCAAAAUCAACUUUUAUGUAUUUCGUAGCACAGGCAUUAAUUUAUACAACUAUGUACUAUAUUUAACCUAUGUUUGCACAAAAACAGCAGCGUCUUCUCACGAUCCGCGGCUCAUCCUCCCCAGAGUUGCUUGCCGACCAACAAGUACAACCGCAACAAUGACAACAUCAACAACAACAACAACAAUGGUACCUGAAGAUCAUGCUGAGCAUUUAGAUAACAACCGAACAACAACAACCACAAAGUACUUGCUCAAAUCUAACAAUCUAAACAAACAAAAAAUCUAUUGAAACAGAAGACUGAACGAUAAAGAAAAUCGCGACGAGGGUGUUGACUUCGUUGUCAGAGCAACGCGGAGGAUGGCACUGGGUUUACUGGGACAAGCGGACGCAAACAGAAUGCGAUCUCAAGACAACUCUUACAACUAUCCAAUCGACCAUCUAUAUUUGUAUGUAUCUAUAUAUGUAACCAAUGCAUGUAAUAAUUUUUGUUAUGAACUGCAAUAGCGAAUAUUAAUUUGUAAAAGCGAGUGCAAUUGAAGAAUGUAUGUCAAAAACAGCUAAGCAGCAAUUGUAACACGGCCACAGAAAUAUGUAAAUCGAAAACAGCGUCGGGGUAUGCAAUAGAUUCGAAAUCCACGCCCUUAAAUUUGUUAUCAGACCUGUUUUUAUGUGGCUGCACAUUUAAUUUAAGUCUAGUACGUACCAACACAACAACCAACACCAACAACAAAUGUGAUAAAAGUGUCAUGCUGCUUCCAAGAACAACAGCCCGUGCAAAAUGCGACCUAAGAUGGUGCACGAUUGAAGCAAUGAAAACGCGGUAGUAAGCAUUGGAAAGUCAGGGCCCGAUUAAUGGGGGUUAUAGGUGAUAAAAGCUCUGUUCUAUAGCUAUCUUUCAUACGAUAAAGUGUCCUGUACAACUUAUAGUCUUCUUAAUUCUUUUUGUUCCUUAGUAUCUGAACCUAGAUCAAAACAUCUAUACCUCAAAGCGCAAUACAAAAUUUUAGUGUCAUAUAGCUAUAGAAUAGAGCAUAGUCUCUUAGAUCGUUAGCUCCAAUAACCAGCCUUCAUUAAUCGCCAAGGGUCGUCAAUCAAUGUAUUCAUUCAAUUACAAUCAACGUAAUGAAAAAAAGUAUUAAGUUUUUCUGUUAUACUAGAGUCACUUCCAACGCUGCUGUAUAUGAGUAACGUUCUUUUUGUAUACUUACUACAAAAAAAUAUAUAUAUUUUAUAUGCCAUUUAUUGUAUUUAAAUUCGAAGAGACCGAAACCAAUUUUGUAAACCAUUCCACAAACAACAACAAGAAACCAAUGCGAUUUAUGCUAACGUAUGUACUAAACCAGUAGCAACACUGCAAAAAAAAGGGACAACAACCAAGUUUAAGAUAAGUGUUGAUCGAGAACAACAACCAGAAGCCAGCGUGUUAAUAUAUGUAUGUAGAGUAUAGCCCGAUGUCGAUAUUCAGGGGAACAACAAGUGUAGUGACAGGGGCGUUGAAGAGGGGUAUAGAAGAAAAGAUAAGAUACAGCCGUGCAUUAACAACAAUGUUUAUAUAUGUAUAUGCAAGUUAUGCUUAAAAGUUAUAAGAGCAAAAGUGAAGAAAGCUGUGAUAUAUCAAAAUCCAAGAAAAAGGCAAACAACAACCGACAACAACACACAAACGAUAACACCGACACAUAAAACUACAGAACUACAGACAAGCCAAUUCGAAACGUGUGCGACCAACAGAAGAAUGUUAACAACCUUUCCAAAACCGAGAGCCAGGGGAAAUGGAGAAUGACCAUCGGCAAUGGCCAAUGAUAAGAAUUCGAAGCGAAUUGUAUAAGAUCGAAUCAGAUCCACUAGUAGUUAGCUUAGCGGGAUUACGAAGGAUGAAGAUGGGGAACCAAAGUUUUGAACCGAAGUGUUCGAGUGAAGCAAACAGCAUGCGGAAUAUCUAAUAUAAGGUAUUCCAAUCAGGAA